AUGUCACGAAGAAUCACUGCUUUGGCUCAUCUUAAAAUUGAUUUGCGGUUCAACUCCGAAUAUAUCAUCCAAGUUGAAAAGAUUAUAGUUGGAGCAGACACAGAGAAAGAAGUAACUAGUUCGAAUGUUGACGCUGCCUUAACCGUCGUUCACACUCCCCGAUGUCUAGAACCGGAUUCUUCUUUCUUCUUUUGCAAAUCGUUGUUGUUCCCAAGAAGUAAAAGAACGGAAAAGUCUGGAUCGAAAUCUACCUUGAAUUGGUUACCAUUUGUAGCUAGUCUCUUGAGCAUUAUAAGCAAAUUAAGAUAUAUUUUCCGUCUCCCUCUUCCCACCCUUUCCGUCUCCCUCUUCCCACCCUUUCCGUCUCCCUUUCUCUUCACCCCGUCUCCCUCCGCUCUCCCUCUCUCUCUGUCUCCGUCUCUCUCCUCUCUCUGUCUCGUCUCUCUCUCUCUCUCUCCGUCUCUGUCUCUCUCCGUCUCUCUCUCUCUGCUGUCUCUCUGUCUCCGUCUCUCUCUCUCUCUCUCUCUCUCUCCGUCUCUCUGUCUCUCUCCGUCUCUUCUCUCUCUCCGUCUCUCUCCGUCUCUCUAUCUCUCUCCUCUUUCUCUCUCGUCUGUCUCUCUCCGUCUCUCGCGCUGUCUCUCUCCGUCUCUGUCUCUCCGUCUCUCGUCUCUCCCUCCCCGUCUCUAUCUCUCUCGUCUCUCCCUCCCCGUCUCUAUCUCUCUCGUCACAAUCCAUCAAGGGAUUUAUUUUCGGAAAUCUCCUUUUUGA